GAUUUGGCGGCCUUGGCGGAGCAGGCGCCUCUCUCGUCUCUUUCUUCUCGGCAAGCAGCGGGGCGCAAGCCCGGAGCCCGGCGGCGGGCGGACGGGCAGAAUGAGUCUGCAGAUGUUAAAGGACGAAAACGUCAUCGGUGACAAGACUACAGAGAACUGCGACUUCCUGUUUUCACCACAAGAACUAACCGGAAGAUCAUCUGUCCUUCGUCUGUCACAGAAAGAAAAUGUGCCACCCAAAAACAUAGCCAAAGCGAUGAAGGUAACUUUUCAGACACCUUUGCGGGAUCCACAGACGCACAGGAUCUUAAGUCCUACUAUGACCAGCAAGCUUGAGAGUCCUUUUACCCUGGAUGAUAUACUUGGGUUGGAAAACUCCCAUCCCAUCCGGACACAGAAAGACAACCAACAGUUAACCAGGGAAGUGGAUGCCAAGCCCGCAGAUGGAACUCUCCAGAAGCCAGCUGCAGCUCCACCCCCAGGUGCCGAGACACCAGUGGGAAACGGCAGUGCCGACGGCCCUGGCUUUGCGCUUCUCGGCAGCGUGGACCCUUCAAGCUCUCUGCAGGUUCCAGAAGGUCGUGAGAGCCCACCACUGUCUCCAGGACCUAUGUCUGGCAGCCCCAAGGAAGCCCUGGAGGAAAAUGCUAGUUCUUACACGUUAGGUAAUAAUGUCAUGUUCGAUUCUGAAAACCUGGAGGCCUUUGCUAGGGCUGCCGCCUUGGACAAGACAGAGAGUGCCCACAAAGCCGCAGAGGACCCCCCGGAUGGUGGAGUCUCUGCUGUUCCAACUGAGGCCGCCUUGCCCCCCACUGUGAGUCCUGAAGGACCAUGUGGAGAAGCUCUCCUCGCAGACCUGCCUGGUGUGGCGCCAGCCUGCCCUAAGGACACAUGCACCCCCCAGGAGAAAGAGCAGAAGCCGCUGGCCAGCACUGCGGGUGACAUAGAGGCUUCUGGGGCUCCCGUGCCCAGAGAUGAGGCCGAGGCCCUGCUCCCCACACAUGCCUCAGGUCUUGAGGACACGGCCCCAGCCAGUCCUUUGAGAGCAGGAAGGGCCGUGACCCCGAGUCCUCAGAAAGAAGAGGGCCCCAGGCAGAUGGCUGACUCCGCAAAGAGCGAGCCUAUCAAGCUCGAGUUUGACUUCUCUGACAGUGUUGUCAGCAAAAGGGCACCUCCCCCCAGGAAACUGGGAAAAAGGCCUGGCAUCAAGCCCCCCUCCAAGAGGCAGGAGGCGCGACAGGCUCCCACGGAGACAGACGAGCGCCCCGUUCCUGCAACCCGAGGGUCGUACAACCUGGACUGGGACAAACUUGAUGGCCCAAACUUCAAUCCAUUUGGAAAUGGCUCUCAGUGUGGUGGUGGAGAGGCCCGGCCCCCAGAAAGACCCGAGGCCAGGCCAGCCCGUCCCAUGGCUGAGCCGCUGAGCGCUGAGCCUGAGGCCGCUGAGGCCUCACCUCCGAGUCAGCAGGUGGGUUCAGCCUUGCCUGGUGGCAGCCCCGAGGUCCAAGUCACCGCACCUGAGGUCCCUGCGGAGGCUCCAGGAGCAGCAGGCGAGGGGGGAACAAGUUGUUCUUCAGAUACAUCAGUCCCCACGAGCAGUCCAGGCAGUGAGCCGACAGCCCCACCUGCCGAGCUGCCACCCUCCCUGGACCUCGCCAAGGAGAGCUUCAAAGACCCAGCUGAAGUUCUAGGCACGGGGGCCGAGGUGGACUAUCUGGAGCAGUUUGGAGCCUCCUCGUUUAAGGAGUCUGCCUUGAGGAAACAGUCCUUAUACCUCAAAUUUGACCCGCUCCUGAGAGACAGCCCCAACAGACUGGUUCCUGUGGCCGCGGAGACCAGCAGAGAAGCAGCCCAGGCGGCUGCAGUCCCCUCUCCUCUGUCUGUAAGCACUCAAGUCGCCAGCAACCCCUCCUCAGGAAGUGUGCCGGAAGCGAGGCUGGUGGAGUUUGACUUCUUGGGAUCUCUGGACGUUCCUGUACCGAGCCCUGCCCCGUGUGUCCUCGGGCCUGGGGGCCCACCCCUACAAGUGAGCCCCAUCGUGGACGUGCUGCAGUACAGCCAGAAGGACCUGGACGCCGCGGUGCGAGCCCUGCAGUUGGAGAACCUGGAGCUGAAAGGCAGGUGUGAGGAGCUCUAUGCCAAGAACCAGGAGAUGGGGAAGAUCAUGGACGAGUUUGAAGGGAUUGCACAUCAGGUGACGGAGGAGGCUAAGAAAGAGAAGGAGCUUGCCGAAGCCAAGAUCCAAAAGAUUCUGAAAGAACGAGAUCAGCUUACCGCAGACCUGAACUCCAUGGAAAAGUCUUUCUCGGACCUCUUCAAGCGGCUUGAGAAGCAGAAGGAGGUGAUUGAAGGCUACCGCAAGAACGAAGAGUCACUGAAGAAGUGCGUUGAGGAUUACAUACUGAGAAUUGAGAAGGAAAGCCAGAGAUACCAGGCGCUGAAGGCCCACGCCGAAGAGAAGCUCAGUCUAGCAAACGAGGAGAUCACCCAGGUGCGCAGCAAGGCCCAGGCGGAGGCGCUGGCCUUCCAGGCUAGCCUGAGGAAGGAGCAGAUGCGUGUCCACUCGCUGGAGAAGACCAUCGAGCAGAAGACUAAAGAAAACGAUGAACUCACCAGAAUCUGUGAUGACCUGAUUUCAAAAAUGGAAAAGAUCUGAUGUGGAAUCACUGACCAGUGGCCUUCUCUGCCUCCUUCUGUCUACAUGUAGCGUGUCUGUCUAUUUGUCCAGCCAUCCAUUUUUGUGUCUCUAAACAGGUCUUACGUACUCUUCUUCUCUCUUAAACUCAUUUUUAAACUAGAUUACUUUAAAAUGAAGACUAAAUAAAGUUUCCCUUAGAUUUAAGCUCUGAAGUUGCAUGUCUCUGGUCUCUAUUACGGUGAAGGUGCCCUGGCUUCGGGCCGAGGGCUGAACUAGCCCACAGCUGCUGCUGCCC